AUUCCAAGAAGGCUAUUAUAUGGUUUACAUUAAAUAAUUACAAAAAAUAGCUAGAAUAGGAAGGCAUAAAAUAUCUUAAAUAUAAAAAACAGAUGUAUUAACUCUUUAUCAUGGAAUAAAAUAAAAAGACGAAGAGGAAUGUUACAAACUUCUUUUAGGCUACGAUUUAUCCGAAUGUUUUUAUUUAAGUUGUACAUAUGAUUUAACGAAUAGCUUAAAUUAAAAUGUAUUAAAAAAUGCCAAAAACUUAAAUAAGAAAAAUGAAGGAGGAUUAUACAGAUUAUUUUCGAGUUAAAAAAACAUCGAAAACUUUGCAGAAAUAUUCAUGUGGAAUUAUUAUGCUUGUUCAGAAUUUAAUAAAACCAUUUAAGAUAAAAAAUGGAUAUAACCUAUAUUACAUGGAUAUAUUGAAUAAAUAGUAAUUAAAACAACAUAUAAAUAAUUUAGUACAACAAUAAUUUCUAGAAGAUGCAGACAUCAUGCAGGUACAAGAUUCCUUAAAAGAGGGAUGAAUGAAGAAGGUUUUUCCGCUAAUUUUGUUGAAACUGAAUAAAUAUUAAUUGACUUAGAAUCUUCUUAUAAAAAGCCUUCUUGCUCGUCUUUUAUUUAAGUAAGAGGUUCUGUUCCUUUAUAUUGGUUUUAAAAUCCUUUAUUUACAAAAAUAAAGCCUCCAAUAAUAUGUUUUAUAUAUUUAUAUAUAAUAAAUAAAAAAAUAAAAAUUAGUAAAUAGUUAAGAUCAUUUUUUUGCUGCCACAAAAAAAAUUUUGGAGAUUUAUUUUCUCGAUAUGGAGAAAAAAUAUACUGUAUGGACUUAGUGAAAUCCUUCGAAACCAGUACAAAGAAUAAUUAUUGGCAAAAGAAUACGAACAU